CUGAAAUCAUUCCCGUUAAGAUAACCAAGCAAUAAUGGCUCCCACAAAGGACCUUUUUGUCUGGUGUCUUAUGCUUUUUGUCUUGAAUAACGUCUACGGCACUCGACCAAAAACUCGGUGUCCACGUCGAACAAUUACGAUCAGAUCUCAUAAAGGCACAAUACAGUCCCCAGGCUACCCUAGUGCGCAGUCAUCGAAACACAGAUGCAUAUGGCAAAUCCAAGUAAAUCAAGGAUUCUUAGUAUAUUUACAUUUUGAUAAWCAUUUUGGUCUUCCUGUGUCUACCUCGGGCAAGUGUAUAAAGAACUGGGUUCUAGUGAGCUCUCGUCGUCAGAAUUUCCGAACAGGAGAUAGAUAUAUGACUGGCUCACAUACCAUAGUGUUUUGUGGCACAGGACAUCCUAGUAACAUUACAUCUUAUGGUAGAGAUAUAUGGAUACGCUAUCAUACUGAUCAAAGACGAACUGGCAAAGGAUUUAAAAUUUAUUUCUCAGCCAUUGAUGUCGAUGAAUGCAAARUAAAGAACGGUGGAUGCGAAAAACGUUGCGUCAAUACUCCCGGAAGCUACAGAUGCGCAUGUCAUAGUGGUUUUGCCUUGUCUAGUGAUGGUAAACACUGCUCAGAAAUCCCAAAAGCAAGAAUAACUUUCAGCAAGAAACGUUAUCAGGUGACGGUAACAACAAAAGCAGGACGGGGCACAAGACUUGUUAAAGUACGCGCUACGGCUCAAAGAACAGCAAAGCCACUGGAAUACAGCAUCCGUACUAUCAACAAUAGAAUACAAGCCAAGAAACGAGCCGUAUUUUCUAUCAACAAACGAUCAGGUGUUCUUAUGUUAUCAAAACGACCGUCUACUGGUGUUUAUCGAUUGGUAGUCGAAGCCCGCCUCAAUGACAUCAGUUCUGCUCAAGUCACAGUCGUAAUACGAGUACGUCCACAAAAACGGAACACUUUUAGAUUCACAAGAAAGCGCUACACAGUCAUCGUACCAACAUCCAUCUUAAAACGACAGAAAAUCCUUCAGCUUGCUGUGUAUAAGCCUGCACGCGCAAUCAAUGGAACGGUAAAGUACAAGCUACGCACUGAUACCAGUUAUUUCUUUUUGAAUGCCAAACAAGGAUCACUUUCUGUAGCCAAAAGUCUCAAAUCAAAAGGAAAUAAGACAAUGAAUCUUCGAGUCAAGGCAGUGAUGCGUGGACGGCUGAACUUCAACGCCGACGCAAUUGUCUCGAUUAGUAUUGUACCAGAUUACAUCGGGAAUCAGUUUGUUGAUUCGUCGCUCAAAGUAAUCAAUAAGAACUCGUCAGUAAAACCGAGGAAAACAUCUCCUUCGGGGCGCUCUCGGGGAAGAAAAGGGGCUGCUGAGUUUAGGUUGCAUCGUAUGUUGCGCACACCAUCGCCUGAAGCUCGGAAGAUCUCCGCGGCAGAUCUGAAAUUUAACAAUGUGAUAAGGAAUAUUAAAAGGCAAGUGGCUGAACGAGUCUUAGGUGACAAUGGUCGAUCGCGUACAGACGYUGUUUCUAUCAGGCUUGGUCCCAGUUCUCUGGCUUCCGCGUCCAAACUUUCCGACAUCAUACGUAACAUCAAUUGUACAGCGCCUAAAGUGAACUGCUCUGAUAACAACUAUCACUCUAGGUACAGAUCGCUGGAUGGUACGUGCAACAACUUAGACCACCCAUUCUGGGGGGCAGCKCCAGCAGCGUUCACACGAAUGCUAGACGCCGUUUACUACGAUGAUAAUCGUCUUUCAGAUCCAUUGGGAUUUCCUGAUCAACCAUUUGCCCCUCCCAUGCCAUCACCCCAUCUUGUUAGUCARGAAUUUCUUGUUCACCGUGACCGCGCCAAAAGAAGCCGGUCAAGAUAUUCUCAUAUGUUGAUGCAAUGGGGUCAAUUCUUGGAUCACGAUUUGACCUUUACAGCUGAAAGUGAGGGAGCGGAAAAAUGUUUCCUUCCGAACUGUGACAAUUCCCCAGAGGACUACGAGCAGCCAUGUUUCCCUAUCAUGUAUCCCGACAACAAUGAAUGUACGAUGUUCACACGGUCAGCGGCUGCYUGUCAAAGUGAYGACAGCAACAUCACACCACGUGAGCAGCUGAAUACUGCGACGUCAUAUAUAGAUGGUUCUCAGAUCUAUGGCUCUUCAGCCUCUACAGCCACGAAUUUGAGAGAUAUUAUCAGUAAUAGAGGAUACAUGAGAACGUCAAGUGACGACUUCCUCCCUUACGUCAAGUCAACGCUAAAAGCACCRUUGAAUCUAUGCCARAUAUACGGGGGUUGCUUCGACGCAGGUGACAUUCGUGUUAACGAUCAGAUUGCGUUAGUCUCSAUGCACACGUUAUGGRUUCGUGAACACAAUAAAAUUGUAGAACAGCUGAACUUGUUGAAUCCACACUGGAAUGGAGACAAGACUUACCAGGAAGCCAGGAAAAUCGUUGGUGCACAGUUGCAGCAUAUAACAUACAAUGAAUAUCUUCCUAAAAUAUUGGGAUCCAACGCCCUUCCUCGUUAUAAAGGUUACAGCAAUGUCAAUCCGACUAUCUUAAAUGUAUUUGCAACAGCAGCGUUUAGAUUUGGACAUAGUACAGUUCGACCAUCAUUUUCUUUGCUGGAUUCCAACUAUGAGCCCAUCACGGCAGAGAUUCCCCUCAUAAAAGCAUUUUUUAAUAACAAGCUCGUUCAGAAGUACGGUGUUAAGCCGAUAUUACUCGGGCUUUUAGCUAAUGUUUCGCAGGAUGUCGAUAAAGAAAUGCCAGCUGGUUUGACGAGGCAUUUGUUUCAACAGCCUGAGUCAGAGCAUGGGUUCGACUUGGCCGCUUUGAAUAUUCAACGCGGGCGCGAUCACGGUCUCCCUGGGUAUGGAGUCUGGAGACGAGAAUGCAACCUUACACACGCGGAAAUAUUUGAAGAAACGCUUGAUGAGAUUCAAGACGCCGAGAGCCGACGAAUAUUAGACCGUCUGUAUAAUGGAUCGGUUGAGAAUGCGGAUCUUUUUGUAAGCGGUCUUGCCGAGGAGCCUCUCAAUGGAUCAAUCCUUGGACCAACAUUUCAUUGUAUUAUCAAAGAGCAGUUUAAAAGAUUACGUGAUGGAGAUCGUUUCUGGUACGAAAAYCCCGAUGUCUUUAAUAAGGAACAGCUUUCUGAGAUUAAAAAAGCGUCCAUGUCACGUAUAAUGUGUGAUAACUUGAUUGGCAUAGUAUCCAUACAGCGUGAUGCUUUCAUUGCUCCAUCGUUGGGUGACAAGCGAAUGAUAUGCUUGCAGCUUCCUAGAAUGGAUCUAAGGCUUUGGAAAGAAAACAAUGUCAAACCUUCUAGUCAGCCCUCUGUUGUUCCAUCUCAGUGGUUCAAUACCGUGCGCACUCCAACAGGGACCUGGGCAGUGUCUUUAGGAAGACAGAUUUGUCGCAAUUCAGUGGUUGACAUCCAGUGUCAAAUGUUGGACGGUUCACCAAUARAACAGGCUGAUCAGAUUGUCCACUGUGAACCGCUGGUUGGUGUGUACUGUCGUAACAGUGAACAACGAUCGCCAAAGACAACUUGUCGUGAUUUCCGUUUCCGGUUUUUGUGCUCUGAUAUUCGUAGACCAGUUCCUACAGAACCAGCCCAAGAACAAAUUACAGAUGUGACUAGACCACCAACUCUGACUUGCAGUGAAAGACAUCCCACGGAUUUUGACUUUACUUUCAUCGCUACCGAAUCUCUCAGCAUCAACAAACAUUUCCAAAACUCUGCCGAGCGUAAAUACCUAUUUGUUGGUAAAAACAAUGGAGAAUCAAAACACAGAAUGCUAUUUAAAUUCGAUACCAGGAAGAUAACUAGAAGAGCUAUAGUGCAUUCCGCGUUUUUGUACUUAUAUCUUAUUGAUGUUCAGCGCAAUACUGGAGUCCACAGCUUUGAUAUUCCUGCUAAUAAUCUGGAGGUCUAUCAAAUACUGAGUACUGAUUGGUCAGCUUAUAAUACUACAGCAGUGAUACCUUGGCAUGAAAACUACUUAGGACUUGGAAGUGAUGUUGAUGCAAGAAUCUCACUAAGUGCGCCUCUCUUCACAACAGAAAAGAACAGGUGGGUUACUCUGGACAUUGCGCAUGCUCUUCGAAACUGGCAAAUCCGCAGACAACCAAAUUACGGGCUCAUGGUAAAAACAAGAAAGGAGACAAGUGCCAACGCAGUGUAUCGAUUCGCGUCUGCUUUAAAUGACAACCCUAACGUUAGGCCAAGAAUUAUAGUAUGCCUUACUAUACCACCAUGGUAGGAUUGAUGGCUUCUUCAGUGAAAUUAUAUAAUGUAGUGUAGUUUUAUACUAGCUAGGAAGGGGGACAUUCAGGAGAAGAUCAGGGGACUUAUGGAAAUAUAAAUAAGUGAAUAGUAUUUUUUUGUAGAGAGGUAUACCAACGUUUAAAAAUAGACGCAAUAUAGCUUUUUCUUUUGCUAUUAGUGGUCGGUCUUCCAGUUUUCAUUAGAGUGUUCGAUACUGUGUAGAGCAGGAUGAAACUUAUAGUCGCUACCCGCGUCAUGUGUAUUUGAUUCCGUUAACUCAUACGUACUUUCUCUUUAGCUAUAUUUAUUUAAAUAUCCUUUAAAUUGCCUUUCCGUUUAGUAUGUUUGUUUCCGUUUCCGCUGAUUUUCGUUUGUUCGUAUAAAUCUUAACAAUUAAGCAAGCCAGUAAAAUACUGCCGACUCAUCAGUUGAUUAGAAGAUAAUUUUCUGCAACACAAUGAGCAGCAUCCCUAUCGGAAAAAGAAAUUAAAUAGAACCCAAGUUACGAAAGGCAAAGUUGGGGAAUCAAUCAUGGUCCUAUAUCAUAAUGACAACAAUACAAAACAUGCUGCUUUUUCAUAUGGUUACCAUAUGAUGGAAUAAGAGUCACUGCAUAUCAAAUAAAAUGUAUAUGAGCAGUCU